AUGUGGCUACGAGCAUCCCCUUCCAGGAUCCGCCUCCGACAUCUGCUCUCGUCGACGAGGUCUUUUGCGAAAGCGCAGGUUGUGCUGGAGCAGCUAUGGCGGGAAAAUACAUUGGACUAUGCCUAUUCGCCGGUUCUGGGAGUACCCCCAAUGCUGUUCUCGUACGUCCGACAAGUGGCCCUGGUAUAUGCCCAGUUUCGAUCCCAGAGAUUCGACGUGCGACAAUGCCAUCGGCUGGAACAAGACUUGACGCGGUGGACCCAUGACAAUAUUUCCGACUCGUACGUCGUUGACACUAUCAGUUCCACUGAUUCUGCCAACGAAGAUCCCUCGUUGUCUUUGCCCUCUGACCUUCAACGUGCCACCCAAUCUUUCUUCGGACCAAAGCUCUAUAUCCUUGCUGCAAAGAUUCUCCUGAGGCGGAUGGUGGCACAUUCGUCCGAAAUGGGAGGCCAAUGUCUUUCAACAUCCCUUUCAACCUUGCUCUCCCAAGCUUUAGCUUUUGUCCGCUCCAUCGAACCUUCAGUGGAUUAUUUCGCAGAAUACUACUACUGA